AUGGCGGCGCCUGGCGGCAUGCCUCCCUCAAUGGCCAACAUGAAGCCACCAUAUCCACCAAUGGCAUGGGCACUGGGUGGUGCUCCUGUCAAAAAAGUCGACAUACCCGCACAGACGAUCUUCAUGAUCUUUUUCAUGAUUGGGGCGGCUGUACACAUGACGAUCUUUCAAAAGAAUAGAGCGAGGGGCCACAAGUUCUUGUUCAACAUAUUUUUCUUUUCCUUUUGUGUAUCACGCGCCGUAGCAUCUAUACUCCGAAUUGCAUCUACAGCGCAGCCUCAAAACGUCAAGCUUGCUAUGGCAGCAUCAAUUUUCGUUGCUGCUGGCGUCCUCGUUCUUUUCAUCAUUAACUUGAUUUUCGCUAUGCGCCUCGUCCGAUCGCUGCACCCAUCUCUUGGAUGGCACCCCUUAUUUGGCAUCAUCUUCAAGUUGCUCUGUGUUCUUACCGGAGCAACAAUCAUCACGGUUAUUGCCGGUACACUCCAGAGCUUCUAUGUUCUAGACCCCAAUACCAAGGCUAUCGACCGAAGUCUACAAAUAUACGGCUCGACGUUCCUCGCUAUCAUCGCCACACUACCACUUCCGAUCACUGUUCUCUCACUUCUCAUUCCAUACUCGCCACCAGACCGGUUUGGUGUAGGCCGGCUACGCACCAAAGUCAUCAUGUUGCUCAUCAGCACCACAUUACUAUCCAUCGGAGCGUGGUACAGAUGCGGAUGUACCUGGGCGCCACCUGUCCCGCGAUCACAACCUUUGCCAGGCUAUCUUGGCAAAGGCGCCUUUUACAUCUCCACCUUUUUCGUUGAGGUCCAAACAGUCCUGAUGUACGCAAUCUUGCGCGUGGAUCUCCGCUACCACAUUCCCAAUGGUGCACAGGGCUCGGGGUCGUACUCUUCGUCGCAACAACUAGAUGACGUUGAGAUGCAAGACUCACGCCCCACGUCAGCCUCGAAAACCAUCGUGGAUUCUGAUAGUGAGACCGCUUCGAAGAAUACUCUGACCAUUGGCCUCACAAUCAAUACCAACAUACCCACCAUACAGAUCCAUGAUCCGGAGAAGACGCCUGCCUUUUCGCCAGAUUCACCGGACACGUAUAUUGCGUCUACCCAAACCACACCUGCGACAUCCCCAACAUCACCACUGAAGAACAAACGCAAAUCACUCCUUCAAUCCCUCUUCAAGCGGCAGUCCAAAGCACCGACCCUGCCACCAAUCCAACCCGAUAUAUCACCCCUCGAACCCCCGCCCAUGGCGGACCAAAAGCUGCGUUGGCGCGACAGCGAGCAGCGACGCAUCAUCACACGCCUGGGCGGGCCGUGGCAAGAACUCGAUUCCCCAACCAGCCCCAUCAAUCCCCCGAGUCCCACCAGCACAAUCCACUCAUUCCGCACCAGCAUCAGCACCAACACGCGCGGCAGCGUGGGCGGCAUCAGCGUAGGCACCGGCCUCUCCCUCGGCGUGCCGAGCGUAGUCACCGCACCCAGCUUGCGCGACACGCUGAGAGCCGACGGCGGGUGGACGCCUGAGCUGGAUUGGGAGCUGAGGAGCCCCAGGCGGUUCUUGAGCAUGAAGAGGAGGGUCACUGGGGAGUGA